AUGGUGCAUCUGUGCCCACCUGCUAGACCGCGCCCUGAGGGGGCUAGCGAAUUUCAGGACAAGAUCCGAGACCUAGGAUAUUCCAAACAUGGCAAUUACAACUCCAUGGGCCUAUUACGAACCGCGGAGCUGUAUGGAGGUCAGGAUACUAGCUUAGUUGACCUCUCUGCCACAAACCAGUCCCCUUUCCGAAACGAUGCCGACCGAAACUAUAAAGAAUUAGUCCGUCGGCUGCCUUCGCAGGCUUGCAUCAACACCUUGGUCCAAACGUUCUUCUCCAGAAUCAAUUGGCAGUAUGACCUGCUUGAUGAGACAUCCUUUAAGGAACGCUUGGAGGCAUGGGGAAGGAUCUCAUACUCUGACCUUCAAACGAGCUUUGGAGGAUUGGCGCAAGAGACCCUUGUGUUUCCAGCACUACUGUUUCAAGUCCUUGCACACGCCCUCCUGUUUCACCCUCCCCAUGAUGAAAUGAUUAAUUCUCUCAUGACCAUGGCUGGUAUGACGUUCCAUGAUCUUGGGGCCGAAUAUAGUGAUACAGGCGCUGAGUUUCUCGCACUUCUGGGGAAAAAGAAUAUCAAAAUCGCAAUGGUACAAGCAGGUUUACUACGUGCCUCUUUUUUGAAAAGUAGCGGCAAAGUUGUUGAAGCCUGGCAUGCGCUUGGCAUAACAAUCCGCGAUGCACAGGAAAUUGGCCUACAUACCGGGCGAAUUGUAUCCGAACAAUCUCCAGUUGAGCCGAAGCGUGAGAGACAAAAUGUCAGUCUCGUUGGUCACAAAGUCUGGGUCGUCUUGCAUAUUUGGGACGUCCAUAUGGCUGUCGUUCUCGGUCGACCAAUAUCCACUGAUCUCCAAAUAGAUCGCUUCUCUGAAACAAUAGAGGACAAUGAAAGACGAGAAGAUUUAUUCGCGCAUUGGCAAACCGAGACUGAGCUUCCUCGGCCAUUUGACAUCAUCCUCGCCGGCUAUAAUGUGGCCUAUCGAUAUUUCAAGGACAUUCACCAGAUGGAACAUAACGGUGCUAACUCUCAAGAUUACCCACUGGUCGAACGUAUUCACGCCGCAAUCAAGAAUGAUAUAAAGUUGUUGCCCUCCUGGUGCCGUUUAGAAAAUCCAGAUACGAAGUUUGAUCGAUUGGAAUGGCUACCAGUUGCCCGAAAAGGGCUGUUCUCGCUCAUCCACCUUGUUCUUCUCGCACUUCAUCGACCGUUCAUAUUUUCUGUUGUCAACAGUCGCACAGAAGCCGUUAAAGCUGGAAUAUAUAUCCUUAAUUCACAGGAAUGGCUAUUUCAUCAGUCGGAGCCGCACCAGCGCAAGGUGUUUAAUCCGGUCUACGCUUCUUUUGAUGCGAUUGUUCUCAUUUCAGCACGCUGGCUCGUCUUUCCGAAUGAGGAUGACGAAAGACGAACAGAGUGUAUCAAAGUUGUUGAACGAGGGAUACAAAUGCUGGACAUCAUUGGUCAAUCCAAUUCCAUGGCAAAGUCGGCACAUGGUGUCGCCUGCAGCUUGUACCAUCGCCUAAGACAUCGGUUCGGUAUCUCGGUAACCGAGAACACUAGGGCACUUCUCAGCAACUCAGAAUGGAUCUCCCCCAAUAGCGAUACAGCUAACUCUAAUGAUGCACCGUCGGAACCCUCUUUUGAUGCUGUUCUACCUCCGCACCCAACCCAUGACCUGUUCUUCGAUCAUAUUUCAAGCACCCCCAUCCCUUUCAUGGAUACACCCAACUUUUUGUCUUUGGAUCCACUUGCUAUAAACGUUACAGAUAAUUGGUACUUUGAAGGCACCUUCUCAGAUGCUAGCUUCUGGGGUGUGAUGAACGAGUUCAAUCAUUGA